AUGGAUUUUAUAAGAGAGCUUAACACCUUCGACGUAUAUAAUGGGAACUCUACAAGGCACCAGGAUAACUAUCGAUAUAAGUUUGCCCUACCUUUUGAAAAAAUCGACGAUCCACGAUUCUGGACAGUUGAUAUUUUCCAACGUUAUUGGUAUCACAGCAUUACUAUCUCUGUUCUCUAUUUUGUUACUAUCAAAGCCGUCCAACGAUUAAUGGAGAAUCGUAAACCGAUGUCAUUGAAGAGAACUUUGUUCCUUUGGAAUGCUGGUUUAGCAAUAUUUAGCAAUCUCGCGCUUCUGAGGUUUUCAGAGGAUUUCUUCCAAUCUCUAUACAAUCAUGGUUGGUACAAAUCUCUAUGCUACACAUGUCAUCCGAAUGACGUUGCCGCAUUCUGGAGUUUUCUUUUCGCUAUUUCAAAGAUUGUCGAGCUUGGCGACACAAUGUUUAUUGUGCUGAGAAAAAAACCACUCAUUUUUCUUCACUACUAUCAUCACGCCGCAGUACUCAUCUAUACUGUACAUUCAGGUGCUGGACAUGCGGCACCCGGAAGAAUGUACAUCGAGAUGAACUGCUUCGCUCAUUCAGUUAUGUAUACGUAUUAUGCUGUUGUAGCAUACGGUAUACGACCACCAAGAUGGAUCUCUAUGUGCGUUACCACAAUACAAACAGCACAAAUGUUGGCUGGAGUUCUUGUCACUUAUGUGGUGUAUCGAAUCAAAACAGAAACUACAUUACCAUGUCAACAAUCGAUGGUGAACCUCUACCUCGCUUUCGUUAUUUAUGUUACAUUCGCUAUACUUUUCUUACAUUUCUUCUACAAGGCAUACAUUGCUAAGUCAGACAAAAAGAAAGCAGAAUAA